CCAAUCAAAGCAUACCACGCGAAACGAAAAGAAAGAACGACUUCAAAACUAUAUUAUUUUUCUUAUGAUUACUGUGAAAAUAGACACUGGAAAAGAACCUAUAACGAAAGACAUGACUUCUACUUCUUUUACACAUCGAUUCAAGUUUUUGAUUUGUUUUUUGGGCAUCUUUGUGUCGUAUUUUUACUAUGGAAUAAUCCAAGAAAAAAUCACAAGAGCUCCAUAUGGGGAAAACAAAGAAAAGUUUGUAUUUGCACUUACCCUUGUAUUUGUUCAGUGCAUAGUAAAUGCACUCUUUGCAAAAGCAGUUGUCAAGCUCACAUAUACAAAUGAAGAAAAAAGAGAUAGCACACCUAUGCUGUGGUAUGGUGCUUGCGCAUUCACCUAUUUAAGUGCUAUGUUAGCUAGUAAUAAAGCUUUACAGUGGGUCAGUUAUCCUACACAAGUUCUUGGAAAAUCAUGUAAACCAAUUCCAGUUAUGAUUCUUGGAGUUCUUUUAGCAAGAAAGCGAUACCCACUUGUCAAAUAUCUCUGUGUUUUUCUCAUUGUAGCAGGAGUAGCCUUGUUUAUGUAUAAAGAAAAACCAUCAGCAGCCCAAGGUGGUGGUAUGUUCUCCAUUGCAUUUGGUGAACUAUUACUGCUAGUAUCUUUAACAUGUGAUGGUCUAACUGGCGCAAUACAGGAUCGUAUGAGGGGCGAACACCAUGUGCAAUCUCAUCAUAUGAUGUUUAACAUGAACUUAUGGUCAAUAGGAAUCUUAGGAUUGAGUAUAGUUACAACAGGAGAACUCUUUGCGUUUGUUACGUUUUGUGAAAAAUACCCGUACGUUUUAGCGUACAUGCUUACGUUUAGUUGUGCMAGUGCUAUUGGUCAGAAUUUCAUCUUCAUGACGGUGGCAAAUUUCGGUCCUCUAUCAUGUUCUAUCAUCACCACGACAAGAAAGUUCUUCACAAUCCUUGGCUCCGUUAUUUUGUUUGGCAACGUGUUGACUGGAAGACAGUGGAUUGGAGUCGUAUGCGUCUUCAUUGGUCUUGGUGCUGACAGUAUUUUAAGCAAAUCAGGGAAAAAGAAGCAUUAAUCGCUAAAUAAAAUGAUAUACUUUAAACUCA